UUUCAGCCUCGCCUCCAUAAAUAAGAAUAGUGUAGUAGCUCCGUAUGGCGUCAACUCACACAGUCCAAAGUCUAUAUCUUUUUUCUCUCUCGGAUUCCCUAGACCCGGUCCUAUUUACCCCAUCACAUCAUUCUUCGUUUGUGUGUCGACUCGAACCAGUCAGUGUUAAAAAGUGCGGGUAAUUUUGUGAAGUGUAAACGAAAUGUCUAAAAGAUUGUCAGUACAUCGGUCUCGUAGCCCUUCCCGAGUUAAGAAAGCAGAUCCUUCUAUUAAUAAGGUAUUAAGUUACCUCGAAAAUAUGAACAAACGAUUACAAAAUAUCGAAAAGAUAAAUAAAAUUCGAAGUCGUAGUCGUAGUGGUCCGAGUACGCGUAAGCGGCUUCGUCGGAUCUCUACAUCUUCGUCUUCUUCGCAUGAAUCGCGCAGUUCGUCUUUGUCUCGCUGUAUAAGCAACCCGACAUCCCCAGGAUCGCUGAUAAUGGAUAGGUCCACCGAUAACGAGGCGGACACCGCCCAGGAAAAUAUUUUGGUUACAGAGGGAGCUGAAUCGAAUUUUGCCGCCGAAGAGCAUACUUCUCCUCAAAAUAAUGCCUUACUGUCAGACGAUGUUGUUGCCAUUUUGGGACCUAAAGAUUUUAACAUAAAAAAAUAUGGCCCUAGUCUACAUGACGAUCUAGCUUUGCGGUGGGACAAGCUAUUAGCUGAAGGUUUGUCAGACGAAGACAAAAGGAAACUAUGUGAGGCUCAUCUUCCACCUAAAAAUUUAUCGGCCAUGGCAGCGCCAAAACUCAAUCCACUAAUCGAAAAGGCUGUGUCUCCCUCAAAUGUGUCGAGAGACAAUCGCUUGGCUGCAGAACAACAGCAGGUGGCUGCAACUUUGGCUGCUAUAGGGCAACUUUUUAGUUCGGUUCUGUCGGAAGAGGGGGGCGGUAAUCGCCAGCACAUUAGUUUGCUUAAUGAUACAAGUAAAUUACUCCUAGAUCUUUUUCAUCAACAAUCGAAAACUCGUAGAGCUUUAAUUGCCGUAAAUUUAAAUCAAGAAUUUCAAGAGGCAAACAAGGAAAAUAUUACCCCAGAUGGUUUUUUGUUUGGAGAGAAUUUGGAGGAGCGGCUUAAAGCUGCUAAGAAUCUGGAGGUUUCCGGAAAGAUACUUAAACCGAAGCCAAACAAAACUUCAUAUAAAAAGCCUUUAAACUCCAAGGCCCCUUCUCGGCAACAGCGAGGGACGACACGUCGAGAGGGGAACCCGCGUCAAUACCGACCAGUGCCCAAAUAUCCAACCCAGCACAGGGCUUACAAUACAGUGAUGAACAACAACCCUCAACGCAAGCGAGCAGUUCGACGUUGGCAAACCUAAAUAAACAGGUGUGUAUUGCUGAAAGAUUAAAGGUUUUCUAUCCGGCCUGGACCAAAUUUUGUCAAGACCGUUUAGUUCUUAGCUGGGUUAGAGGUGUUAAAAUACCGUUUGUAGACUAUCCAAAACAGUAUAAUUUUAAAACUACAUCUUGGUCACCUGCAGAACGUGCUUCUAUUCAAAACUGCAUCAAUAAAUUACUAUUAAAUAAAGUAAUUAGUAAAGUCUCUUGGUGCAAAAAUCAAUAUAUCUCAAAUAUUUUUCUUAGGCCAAAAAGUGAUGGUUCUCACAGACUGAUUCUAAACCUAAAAAAUGUUAACAAACAUAUAAUUUGUCAUCAUUUCAAAAUGGAGGAUAACCGUACAGUAAAAAAUUUGAUUAAGAAAAAUUGUUUCAUGUGUAAAAUAGACCUUAGGGAUGCAUAUUUUCUAAUUUCAGUUCACAGAAAAUAUAGAAGGUAUUUGAGAUUUAAAUUUAAUGGGGUCAUUUAUGAAUUCAAUUGUCUGCCAUUUGGUCUCAAUAUAGCGCCUUAUGUGUUCACUAAAUUAAUGAAACCUAUAUUUAGUUUUCUAAGAGCGAGAGGCUUUCUCUCGGUGGUUUUUUUAGAUGACAUUUUGCUUAUUGGUAACACUUAUGCAGAAUGUUUAACUAAUCGGAAUGAGACUUUGGAUCUCUUACUUAAAUUAGGGUUUGUGCCUAACUAUGAGAAAAGUAUCUUGAUUCCUUCCCAGGUAAUUCAGUAUAUUGGCUUUAUUUAUAGUUCGAUAGAUAUGUCAGUAAGCCUUCCUCAAGAUAAAGUUUCAAGCACCCUAGAACUGGUUUCAAAAUUCUUAUUAUUAGAAAAAUGUAGUAUUAGAGACUUUGCCAGAAUGCUAGGGAAAGUAACAUCUAUUUGUCCUGGUAUUAAAUAUGGUUGGCUAUACACAAAGUAUUUUGAGCGCCAAAAAUUUCUAGCAUUGCAGAGUUCAAAUGAAAACUAUAAUGCAACAAUGAAAAUUCUACCAUUACUCUAUGAGGAUUUUCAGUGGUGGAUUAAAAACUUACCAAAGGCGAAAAACUUUAUUCAAAUUGACUCGUUUGCAAUAGAAAUAUUUUCAGAUGCAUCUUCUACAGGCUGGGGCAUUAGCUGUUUAGGCAAAAAAUCGCGGGGGUUCUGGUCAGUAGUUGAAAAAGAAUAUCAUAUAAAUUAUCUGGAAUUACUAGCUGUUUUCUUUGGACUCAAGUGUUUUGCCAGCCAUCUGUCAAAUUGCAACAUUCUGUGCCGUGUCGAUAAUACUACAGCAUUAGCAUAUAUCAAUAAAAUGGGCAGUGUACAAUACCCUAAACUCAAUAAUCUUUCACGCACUAUAUGGCAAUGGUGUGAGGAAAGAAAUUUAUUUUUAUACGCGUCUUAUAUAAAAUCUAUAGACAACUGGGAAGCGGAUCAUGAAUCUCGUAGUUUGGCAACAGAGACUGAAUGGGCUCUGGAUCUACCAGCAUUUAUGAAGAUAUCUUCAUCUUUUGGCGAACCAGAAAUUGAUCUAUUUGCAUCUAGAACAAACGCAAAGUGCGGGAAAUUUGUUUCAUGGCUGAGGGAUCCAGAGAGCAUUGCAAUAGAUGCAUUCACACUAAAUCGGAAUCAGCUUAAAUUCUAUGCAUUCCCACCAUUUGCCUUAAUCCUAAGAGUGCUUAACAAAAUAAUCUCUGACAAUGCAAGAGGUAUUUUAGUGGUGCCUCUCUGGACAGCUCAGCCUUGGUAUCCUGUUUUUCUCUCACUUCUAGAGAGAGAACCUAUAAUUUUUGCACCCUAUAAAAAUCUAAUGUCUUUCAACAGCACACCACACCCCCUUUGGAGAAAAACUACCCUGGCAGCAGGGAUUGUAUCAGCGAAGCAUUGAAGUUAGGAGGAGUUCCUACCGAAUCGUUGGAUAUAUGCCUUGCAUCAAUCACAACUAAUACUAUUAAGCAGUAUAAUGUUGGCUUAAAGCUAUGGUGGAAGUUCUGCAGCCAGGAAAAAACGAGCAUUUAUUCUCUAUCGAUUCCGACGGUACUGAAGUUCUUAACGCUACAGUUUAAUAAGGGCGCCUCUUUUAGUUCUUUAAAUUCAUACAGAGCAGCUCUCUCACAGAUUUUAGGUCCAAAUCUUAGUGAAGAUUUUAGAAUUAAACGAAUAUUUAAAGGGUUCAGCGCUUUACGACCUCCUCUUCCCAAAUACGACAUUACUUGGGAUCCAAGUAUUGUUCUUAAUUAUAUAAAAAACACAUACAUUAAUAAUUUGACUAUAGAACAUUUAACUUUUAAAACGGCUAUGCUUCUUGCUCUGGCUACAGGUCAACGUGUACAGACACUGGCAAGCAUAGAGUUAAGUAACAUUGAAAAUUACCCUGACAGAUUAGAAAUAAAAAUCUCUAAAAGGUUAAAGACUUCUAAUGUUAAUAAAAUACAGCCUACGCUUAUCCUCCCAUUCUUCACAGAUAAUGCAAUAUGUCCGGCAAAAGCCUUACUUUUAUACAUACAGAGAACUCACUCUAUUAGGGGAAACAUUAAUUGUUUAUUCAUAACUUUGAAAAAACCAUAUCGAACAGCUAGUUCUCAAACGAUCAGUAGAUGGCUGAAAACUGUGUUGGCAAAAAGCGGAAUAGAUGAGAAACAUUUCAGUGGGCAUAGUACUAGACACGCUUCCACAUCUGCUGCCGCCAGGAAAGGGCUAAGCUAUGACAAUAUUCGGUUGGCAGCAGGGUGGACUGAAAGGUCUAAAACAUUUGCCAGGUUUUAUAAAAAGCCAUUAAUAAACGAUAAAACUAAUUUUGCCAAAACCGUUUUAAACCAUCCCUAAGUUCUUUUAAAUGGAUUAUUUUAUGCAUUUUUUUUUUUAUAGAGCUAUAAGUUGUUAUUUAUAGACCUAAGAGGUUAUCUAUAGGGUUAAGUUGUUGUUUUUAGAGUUAAUUCUUAUUUACUAAUAAGUUGUUUGCACUACUUUAGCAAUGUGCAAUUUAUGAUUUAUUUCGCCAUUAAUUCAUAGCGGGUUUGUAGAUUUACAUGAAAUUAGUACAUAUAUGAAUAAUACAAUUACUUGUUCUUUGGGGAGUUUUGUUGGAAUAUAUCAGAUUUAUAUCAGAA